AUGAGAGAGGAGGAACACUCAAAUGACCAUCCUGAGGGAGGGGUGGUGUCCAGCAAGGAGAACAACAAAAGACCACUUUCUAACGCCUGUCCUGUUGUGGUUGCGACGCCGGGGAUCACCGGGCGUAAGCGGCAGAUGGGUGCCCAAAUGGAGGAUCACAUUUCCGCAAUUACACCCACCAUGUCGGCAGACGACGGCAAGGUCAAGCCAGUAGAUAACAUUCAGAGCUACAAUUCAACUGGCCCCAAAAAGCUCAAGAAGAGUCCUCAGCAUCACCCGCUUUCCCUUUCUCCUGCACCCGGUCCCAGCCCUGAAGGUCUUUCAAGCGGCCUCGAGGACCCACAUGCCCAGCGGGUCAUCGCCAACAUCCGGGAGCGCCAGCGGACGCGAUCUCUGAAUGAAGCCUUUGCCUCGUUGCGCAAAAUAAUCCCAACGCUCCCCUCUGACAAACUGAGCAAGAUCCAGACACUUAAGUUGGCGUCACGCUACAUUGACUUUCUGUACCAGGUUCUGCAGAGUGAUGAGAUGGACACCAAGCUGGCAGGAUGUAACUACCUGGCCCAUGAGAGACUGAGCUAUGCUUUCUCUGUCUGGAGGAUGGAGGGAGCCUGGUCAACCAUGUCUGCUGGUCACUAG